GCUGUCUGUCUUGCUGGCCAGCACCCGGCCACCAUGUGGGAGCUCUUGGUUUUCUUGCUGUUCACCCUAGCCUAUUUCUUGUGGCCCAAGGCAAAGUACCCUGGUGCCAAGUAUCCCAAGAGCCUCCCAACCCUGCCCUUUGUGGGCAGCCUGCUAUUCCUCCCCAGAAGUGGCCAUCCACACGUGAACUUCUUCAAGCUGCAGAAAAAAUAUGGCCCCAUCUAUUCCUUUCGUCUGGGGACCAAGACUACAGUGAUGGUUGGUGACCACCAGCUGGCCAAGGAGGUGCUUAUCAAGAAGGGCAAGGAAUUCUCUGGACGGCCCCAAGUGGUGACUCUGGAUAUCCUGUCUGACAACCAAAAGGGCAUUGCCUUCGCCGACCAUGGUGCAAGCUGGCAGUUGCACAGGAAGCUGGUGCUGGCCACCUUUGCUCUGUUCAAGGAUGGCGACCAAAGGCUAGAGAAGAUCAUUUGUCAGGAAAUCAGUUUAUUGUGUGAUAACCUGGCCGCCCAGGAUGGAGAGUCCAUAGAUUUGUCCUUGCCUCUCUUCCUGGCGGUGACCAACAUAAUCGGCUUGAUCUGCUUCAACUCCUCCUACAAGAAUGAAGAUCCUGCUCUGAAGAUCAUAUAUAAUUACAAUGAAGGCAUCUUGAAUACUUUGGGAAAGGACAAUUUGGUAGACAUAUUCCCCGUGCUGAAGAUUUUCCCCAACCAAACCUUGGAAAAAAUGAAGGGUUAUGUUAAAAAGCGAGAUGAAUUGCUGACUGAAAUCCUUGAAAAAUAUAAGGAGAACUUCAGCAGUGACUCUAUCACCAACAUGCUGGAUGUACUGAUCCAAGCCAAGAUGAACUCAGACAAUAACAAUGCUGCCUCGGACCAGGAUUCAAAGCUGCUUUCAGAUAAACACAUUCUUUCCACCAUAGGAGACAUCUUUGGGGCUGGUGUGGAGACCACCACAUCUGUGGUGAGGUGGACUGUGGCCUUCCUGUUACACCAUCCACAGUUAUAUAAGAAGAUCCAGGAGGAGAUUGACCAGAAUAUAGGUUUCAGCCGCACACCAACUAUGAGUGACCGGAACCAACUCAUCUUGCUGGAGGCCACCCUCCGAGAGGUGCUUCGAAUCCGGCCUGUGGCCCCUACGCUCAUCCCCCACAAAGCUAUCGUGGAUUCCAGCAUCGGGGAGUUUGCCAUUGACAAGGGCACAAAUGUUAUCGUCAAUUUGUGGGCACUACAUCACAAUGAGAAGGAGUGGUACCGGCCCGACCAGUUCAUGCCCGAGCGCUUCUUGGACCCCACGAGGAGUCAGCUCAUCUCGCCAUCAUUAAGUUACCUGCCCUUUGGAGCAGGACCCCGUUCCUGCUUAGGUGAGAGCCUGGCUCGCCAGGAGAUCUUCCUCUUCAUGGCCUGGCUGCUGCAGAGGUUCGAGCUGGAGGUCCCUGAUGACGGGCAGCUGCCCUCCCUGAAAGGCACCCCCACAGUGGUCUUUUUGAUUGAGCCUUUCAAAGUGAAGAUUAAGGUACGCCAGGCCUGGAGGGAAGCCCAGGCUGAGGGGGGUAGCACCUAGAGGCUGACCUAGCAUCCCCUGAUUCCACCCUGUGCAGCUUCACUGCACAGAAUUAGACGUGCAACUCCACCUUCCCCCCGCUUUCCUCCCUCCCCGGGGCCCACACUGCCUUCUGUUCCAGUCUGCAAUCCUUGGAAGUGGUAUGCAUAAACAAAACAGUUUUUCUUCCUGG